AUGGCAGGAAUAAUUGAGAAGAUAGGUGAGAAACUCCACAUGGGAGGUAGCCAUGACGAGAAGAAAGAUGAGCAUCACAAGAAGGAUGGUGAUCACAAAGAUGGAGGCUUGAUGUCAAAGAUCACUGGUCAUGGCCAUGGAGAUGGUGACCAUAAGGAUCACAAACAUGAUGAUCAUAAGGAUCACAAACAUGAUGAUCAUAAACAUGAUGAUGGAGAGAAAAAGAAGAAGAAGAAAGAUAAGAAAAAGGAGCAUGGCCAUGAUCAUGAUGGAUCAGGUAGCAGCAGCAGCGACAGCGAUUAG